AUGUCACAAGCGAUCAGCGAGUUUAUAUAUUUCAAGGUCAAGCCUGAGGUCAAGCCUGAGGACCCCGCUAGUGAUGAAGGGGCGGCACUUCUGAGGGUCUUUCGCGCCACUCAACAACAAAGUGGCCAUCAAAGUUCGGCAUGGGGCCGGGCGGUAGAAGACGAGAAUACGCUUGUAUGGGUGGUGGAUACCCAGAGCUGUAUACACCCAUCAGCACCGGCUAAUACUCUACAAUCACCAGACUGGACCGACGCCCGUAGCUCUACAACCGCUGCGCAUCUAGAACCAUUCCUGCUCGACACCCGUCAGCCUCCCACAGCUCUCUAUACAACCCUGAACCCGCCGAUCUCAAGCACAGAUACCCUGACCAAGAACCCGGUCACCGAGCUAUGCUGUCUUCCAUUUGCAAGCAACCUUACGGUGCAUGAGAUGCGGCAGCUGAACGCGGACUUGAUCAGCUUUCGCACCGCUUUGGUUGAGCAGUUGCCCCAGGCGGCGGGUCCACGGUCUUGGACAAUGGGCCAUGUUGAUCGACCAAGUGCGGUGGAGCAUGUGAAGAGCCCGAGCGGCCAUGCGGUAGUGCAUUUCAUAGCUGUAGGAUGGGACAGCGUGGAAGCACAUAAAAGGGCAAAGGAUACCAAGGAGUUUGUAGCAAGUAUCGCGCCGAUUCGGGAGAAGAUGCUGUCCACUGUGCCUGGAUUGGAGAUGAAACAUGUCAGUUUCCAGAAGAUCUAG